AUGUCAACAGCACCGCCAGCCACGAGCUCUGCCCCGACCGCCGCGGUUGCUGUCUCAGAACCCCAAACAGCAGCCGCAGGAUCCACAGCCACCACUCCUCGCAAGGUCGACGCUCCCACCAUCCUCACAACGUUGCACACCCUUCUACGCGCGCACUGCCAAGCCCACCCCUCUCCAACCCUCCCCUACCUGCACCCCUACGCACCCCUCCCUCCCGCGCCAUGGAAGGGAAAGGCGCGUGCGGAGCUGCCCUCUGCUGAGGGGCAGCUCGAGGCGCUACGCGCCAUGCGUGAUGUGGUCGACGGCGCGCGUGGUGUCUUGGGGCGGCGAGACGAGGUCGAUCGCGUCCGUCUGGCGCGAGCUAUGCGCGAAGUAAUUACGCACGAGUCAUCGCUCCUUCCCCUUGGAACGACGCUUGCCUCCCUCCCGCCAUGCGAGCCACGACUCGACGCUAUUGUUCCCCUUCCUCCAGCCGAGUUACUAUCCGCCCUCGGCAAGCGCCUGGGCCUGCAGGUGUUCGCCGAGGACAGCCAGUUUGGUCUGCUGCGCACAUCGUUGACUCUUGCUGGAUCAAGAUUCGUCGUUGAUGUUGACCUCGAGACGGAUGCGGCCGAGGGCGACCAGACUGAGCCGCCUACCGCGGCGGGCACGCCUGUCGCCUCGACGGCUUUUGGGCUGUCGCUGACGCCGCUCACGCAGACGUUAGCCGCGACACCUACACCAGCCAAGGUGCCUCCAGCAGAUGAGCGCGGCAAGGUGCGCUUGGCCAAGCUCACAGCGUCGCAUGUCACGCCCUCAGGUGAAGCGGGUAAAACCGACUCUGUCGCGCAGGUUCUCCGCGUCCUGCUCGAGGAGCACCUGGCGUGCUACAAUUCGCGUGGAGCACGAGGGAAGGAAGCCAGCUACGCAGCGUGUGCGGCGCUUGAGAGCGCGCUCGCCGAGCUCAAGGCCCUCGACGAGUUGGCAGAGGCAGCCAAGGGCAAUGACGCCGACCUCUUCCUCGACCUCGAAACCCUAGCAGCUGGUGUCGCGAGCGCAGCCCAGGACGGCGCCGAGACGCGCGUCUACACCGAACCCAAGGCCGGCAUCUACCCUUCCUUCCGCCUCCUGCCUGGCGCGCCAGGACGCGCCAACCCCUCGUUUCGGUUCCGUCCGAUGGGACGCGGCGAGAAUGUGCCGCCUCCGCCUCCAGAAGUCGGAAUAGCUGUCGACGCCGAGCCAAUGUGCCGUGGCGCAUGGCUGCUGGAGUUUGUCGAUGACAAUCCGUUCUCUUCGGAGGGCGGGCGCGGCCUUGUCGUCCGUCGCACUUGGCUGCUCUCUGAGCAGCCGCAGGAGGGCCACGACGAUGCAGCAUCCGUAUCCCUCGCGAACGGAAUCAAGGCGGAGGGCCUCCUGCACCAGGCGGCGCUCGAGGAGCCGCGCAACGCGUCUCCCGCCCUCCCGCUCUUUCCAUACACGACACUCUUCGAGCACAAGACUGAGGGCGUGGGCCAGUGCUGGUCGCUAGCAGAGCCUGGUCCGGACGGCUACAUCGUAGGCCGCGUCGGCCUGCCCUCAUCUUGGGCAGCUUUUGGGCGCCUCGCGACGGCGCUGCGCGCCCAGCUCGUCCUCAAUGCGCUCUUCACGAGCGCCUUCGACCCCGCGCAUGCCGCCAGCGGCACAGACGGCGACGACGACUUGGACCUCGAUGUCGACCUCGACGCCCCGCCGUCUGCGCUUCCGCUCACGGCGACGCUACACGCGCACAGCAUGCGGGCCGCCUUCCCCUUCCCCUCCUCCGCCGCCGAGCCGCCGACUGUCACGCUCGAGCUGCGGCCCGCGCCCGCACACCCAUACGUCGCGGUGAGCUGGGACGCUGAGCCGGCGCUCGGGCCUGAAGAGAGUGCCAAGAUGAACUCGGCUGCGGCGGUGGCUGCCCCCGGCGGCGCGGGCGACGUGUGCGCGGACGCUGUGCAGAUCCUCGUGCGUGUUCUCGCCGCGCUGUAA